AUGGAUGCAAAACGAUUUUAUGGUGCUAAAACUGUUGGGAUUCCGAACUUGAGUGGCAGUGAAGACGAAAAUUUGUCAGAUGAUGAUUUUUACCGAAAAACAUUUUCUCAAGUUCUGGCGGAAGAUACCAGUGAAGAAGAACAGCUUGAUAGAGAGAUGGUCGAAGAUAUUGUGAUUGAAGAAAGUGAUUUUUCCGAUAGGGAAGACGAUGUUCCCCUUUCAACUCUCAUUGCAGCAAACAAGGCAAAGAAAAAAAACAAGGUUUGCUUUGAUUGGGAAGAUAAACAGUUGAGGGUAUCUGACGAAGACAUAUUAUUCAAGGGAUCUCACUCCUUAGGAAAAGAUAUUUUGAAUUUGGAUGGUAUAUUCGAAUUUUUCAAGUUUUUCUUUACGGAUGACAUACUGGUACAUAUAAUGGAACAGACCAAUUUAUAUGCUAUCCAAUGUAGGCCUGAAAAGCCACCAAAUAUAACUAAAGAAGAGAUAAAUAUUUUCAUUGGAAUUUGCAUAUACAUGUCUGUAGCGCACCUGCCAUCCACUAGAAGCUAUUGGAGUAGUACACUGAGAGUUACUGCAAUAACCGAAGCUAUGACAUAUAACAGAUUUGAAGAAAUAAAACGUUUUGUUCACUUCAAUGAUAUACGAAGCAACAAAAUCGCGAUGAACCUGGUUACGAUAAGCUGUUCAAAAUUCGUCCUUUUUUGGAAAAAGUACGAGAGAGGUACCUACUUGUCCCAAAAGAAGAGCAUCUUGCAGUUGAUGUACAAAUUAUACCAACAAAAGCUCGAUCAACCCUAA